CUAAUGACAAGUGACGGCACCAACAAUCACGUGAAACUUCAAUAACGAUCAGCUGGGCUGACUCUGUUCAUUGGGGAGUGGUUGAAAGGGGUGUUUUUUGGAGUUAUUCCAUUAUUUGAAGGAGUGAUAAAGAAGAUCUUGGAAGCCACCAUAGACUUAAUUCACAUAGAACCAGCAUACUUUCUGAUCACCAAGAAGAAAUGACUGAGUAUUGGUUGAUAUCUGCCCCAGGGGAUAAGACCUGUCAACAGACAUGGGACACGAUGAAUAAUAUGACAAGUAAACAGAAUAAUUUGUCAACCAACUACAAGUUUCAAAUCCCGGACUUGAAAGUUGGUACUCUGGAUCAGUUAGUAGGACUUUCUGAUGAUCUGGGCAAGCUUGAUGGGUUCGUGGAGCAGGUUACCAGGAAGGUAGCUCAGUACCUUGGAGAAGUACUUGAAGAACAGAGGGACAAGUGGUCAGAAAACCUGCAGGCCAAUAACAGCGAUUUGCCCACUUAUUUAACCCGAUUUACUUGGGACAUCGCCAAAUAUCCCAUCAAGCAAUCGCUCCGUAACAUCGCCGAUAUAAUCAGCAAACAAGUUGGCCAAAUUGACGCUGAUCUGAAGACCAAAUCGUCUGCGUACAAUAACUUGAAAGGAAGUCUUCAGAAUUUGGAGAAGAAACAGACAGGAAGUUUACUAACAAGAAACUUGGCAGAUUUGGUGAAAAAGGAACAUUUUAUUUUGGAUUCUGAAUAUUUGCAGACAUUGUUGGUUAUUGUUCCAAAAGCCCAAUUCAACGAAUGGAAUGCGACAUACGAAAAGAUUACCGACAUGAUAGUCCCUCGUUCUUCACAACUGAUUAAACAGGAUAACGAAUACGGUCUAUAUACUGUAUCCCUAUUCAAAAAGGUCGUCGAAGAAUUCAAGUUACACGCUAGAGAAAAGAAGUUCAUCGUUCGUGAUUUCAUAUAUAACGAAGAGGAACUGGCAGCUGGAAAGAACGAGAUAACCAAACUCGUCACCGAUAAAAAGAAGCAAUUUGGUCCAUUAGUUAGAUGGCUUAAAGUCAACUUCAGCGAGUGUUUCUGCGCCUGGAUUCACGUUAAAGCGUUGAGGGUAUUUGUUGAAUCUGUUUUAAGAUAUGGCCUCCCCGUCAAUUUCCAAGCUAUUUUAAUCCACCCCAAUAAGAAACAAUUAAAACGUUUAAGAGAUGUCUUGAACCAACUUUACGGCCACCUCGAUAGUAGUGCUGCCCUUUCAGGACCUAACGUUGAUAGCGUUGACAUUCCAGGCCUCGGAUUCGGCCAAUCAGAGUAUUACCCAUACGUUUACUACAAGCUGAACGUCGACAUGUUAGAAUCGAAGAUCUAAACUCACGCAUCAAUCCAAGAGUUUGUUAUUAAUAGGUUCCAAACAAUUUUAAAAAAACGUACUACAGAUACAAAUAGUAUAUUUUUGAUUACUCACUCUUUCGAGGGGCUGUUUUAAUGUCGGUAUUUUUAAGUUUUGUCCUUACUCAAUGUCCAUUUAGUACCCCGUCAUUGUAUGUAAAUUAAUUAAAAAUGCGCAACAAAAAAUGUAGAACUUUUUUUUAUUUUAAAAUGCAUUUAAAAUUCGUUUAACGAUGAUAUAAUUGCUUUAAUGUAUCAUGUAAUACUCCGAUUGAACAUAUAAAUCGUUAUUAAUAUUAUUUCUUGUUGAUAAUACAAAAGAGACCAUAUUAUUAGAAACUGCAUUCGAAAAAUUAAAAAAAUGAUAGAUAUUAUGACGCGUAGAUGAGCUGACAAGUGACGUGUUAAGAUGUAUUGAUAUCUAAACAUGAAAUUUCAACAAACCAUCUAUGUUAUAGAUGUACAUAUGUUUCGUAAAAUUGACGAAAAGCUGGAAAUAGAUUACAUAUAAUUUGUCAUAAAAUAUUUGCGUCAGAGACUUGAGGUUGUGAUACAAUAUAUAUUUACUCCUACAGAAUAUUUGUUGAAUAUUACCGACACCAUUAAAAUACCUUAUCCGUUAUGAUUGUAGAUAAAUAAUUUACUCUGAAUUUAAUACAAAACGAUGUCAUAAUUUCAAUUGUACUUGUUCUAAUAAUAUAACUACUUAUCGAAAAAGAAUAGAAAUUUAUUAUAAAAUUGUGUGAAAUGACUGGGUAUUAUAGGAUUGCCCCAACAAAAUAUUUUAGAUGUAGUAUGAUGCUUCAUCAGUGACAAUAUAUUUGACGUGUUUUAUUAUGGGCCACUCUUUAAUGUAAACCAGUAUUGAUUUAUUGUAAAUAAAUAUUGUAUAUAUACUACAAACCAAUAAAAUAUUUUGCCUUUUGAAUCUAUUUAUAAAAGAUGAUUCCAUAUUGUAAUAUAGUUCAAUUAGUUGACUACUUUUUUUGAAUUUAUUUCAGAAAUAAUUUUAAGUGGUUAUUUGUUCAAUGUAAUUGUUAGAAAAUAAAAACUAUUCCAAUUGUU